AUGGCGUCCACCACCUCGGCGGCCGGUCUGCUGUCACUCCUGAAUGAGCCUGAGCCUGAGCUACAGGCUUAUGCUGUUGAGGAACUCAACAAGUCUGUUCACCAAUUUUGGGCAGAGAUUGCGGACAAUAUCUCCGGAAUUGAGAUUCUGUCAGAGUCCUCUUCGCCCCUAGAUCCUGCCACUCGUAACGUCGCUUCUCUCUUGGCAUCGAAGGUCUACUUCCACCUCGGAGAGUUCGACGAGGCCCUCACCUUUGCUCUCGGCGCUGGUGAUACAUUCGAUGUCGACGUCGAGGAUGAGUUCACCGAGAGUGUCGUGUCCAAGGCCAUCGACUCGUACAUUGAGCAGAACGCAGCCGCCUUCGCCUCUGGCGGGGCGACUUCGCCCGAUGCUAGGCUGGUGAAGAUCGUCAAUUCGAUGUUCACGCGAUGUAUCGCAUCUGGGGAGUACAGGCCUGCUUUGGGCAUUGCGUUGGAGACCCGGAGGCUAGAUGUUAUUGAGCAGGUGUUUGAGCAUACCGGCAAGAAGGACCAGGAGCUCCUUGCGUACACCCUCGAGGCUGUCAUGGGCAUUGGCGGCGUGGGAGUAGAAUUUAGGCAGCAGGUGCUUCGUCUGCUCAUCAAGCUCUUCCAGUCUCUCCCACACCCCGAUAACUUCUCCAUCGUUCAAUGCCAUGUCUACCUGAAUGUACCCCAAGAGACUUCGGCUUUGCUCCUCGACCUGGUCACCAAAGCCCACCAAGAUGCAUCGGCUUCAUCAUCAGCCAAUACUGAGCAUGAUCCCCUGCUCAUCGCCUACCAAUGCGCCUUCGACCUCGCCGAGAGCGCCACACAAGAGUUCCUGGAGAACGUCCGUGUGGACCUGGCGUCGAAGACUGCCACAACAAAUGGGGGUGCUGAGAUGGAGACGGAGGAGGGAGGCGCUUCCUCUUCUGCCUCGACUGUGGAGAGCUGUAUCACCCGGGUCCGGUCGAUUCUCCUGGGCGAGGAGUCGAUUCAGCUGUACCUUGACUUCUUGGUGCGGUCGAACCGCGCCGAUCUGACUGUACUCAAGUCAGUAAAGGAUUCGCUGGACGCCCGCAACUCUAUCUACCAUUCCGCCCUCACCUUCUCGAACGCUUUCAUGAAUGCUGGAACAACCAGCGAUCAGUUCUUGCGAGAGAACCUGGACUGGCUGGCAAAGGCAAGCAACUGGAGCAAGUUCACUGCCACAGCUGCCCUGGGUGUCAUCAACAAGGGCAACUUAAAGGAAGGCAUCAGCAUCCUCCGCCCCUAUCUGCCCCAAGAUGGCGUCAGCUCAUCGGCUUUCUCAGAGGGUGGUUCUCUCUUCGCCCUUGGACUCAUCCAUGCUAACCACGGGACAGAAGUAAUGGAACUCUUGACGAAUACGUUGAAGAACAACGAGGGCGAAAUCGUACAGCAUGGAGCUGCUCUGGGUCUCGGCGCUGCAGGUAUGGCUACGGGCAACCAGGAGGUGUACGAGGAACUCCGUACGCGUCUUUACAGUGACAGCGCAGUGGCUGGCGAGGCUUCUGGCUAUGCCAUGGGUCUUGUCAUGCUCGGCACUGCCAACCAGCAAGCCGUAGAGGAGAUGCUGCAGUACGCUCAUGAGACACAGCACGAGAAGAUCAUCCGAGGUCUUGCCAUCGGUCUCGCGCUGCUGUUCUACGGUCUCGAGGACAAGGCUGACUCGAUGAUCGACACUCUUCUGAGCGACAAGGAUGCCAUUCUGAGGUACGGAGGUGUUUACACUAUCGCUCUCGCCUAUGCUGGAACGGGCGACAACAAAGCCAUUCGUAGAUUGCUGCACAUCGCCGUUAGCGAUGUCAAUGACGACGUCCGAAGAGCGGCCGUAACCAGCUUGGGCUUCCUUCUCUUCCGCAACCCCACACAGGUCCCUCGUAUCGUUCAAUUGCUUUCAGAGAGCUACAACCCUCACAUGCGAUAUGGUUCGGCUCUCGCUCUGGGUAUUGCCUGCGCAAGCACUGGUCUCGACGAAGCAGUGGAUCUGUUGAUGCCAAUGACAAAGGACCCAGUCGACUUUGUUCGUCAAGGAGCCUGCAUCUCCCUCGCCAUGAUUAUGCUGCAGCAGAACAGCGAUCUGAAUCCACGAGUGGCAGAGGUCCGUCAGACCUUCAGCAAGAUUCUGGGCGACAAGCACGAGGAGCCGAUGGCAAAGUUCGGCGCUGCGCUCUCCUCCGGUCUUAUCGAUGCUGGAGGCCGUAACGUCACCUGCUCUCUGCAGUCGCGUGUCGGAGGCAGCAACAACAUGAUGGGCAUUGUCGGACUGGCUCUCUUUACACAAUUCUGGUACUGGUUCCCCAUGGCUCACUUCGCUUCUCUUGCAUUUGGCCCCACUGCCCUCAUUGGUCUUGACCGCGAGUUGCGCGUUCCGGACUUUGAGUUUGUCAGCAAUGCCCGCCCCAGCUUCUUCCGCUACCCCGAGGCUGCCAAGAAGGACAAGGAGAAGAAGGUCGAAAAGAUCGAGACGGCUGUCCUUUCGACGACUGUCAGGGCAAAGCAGAGGCAGAAGGCAAAGGAGCGUGAAAAGGCUGCUCAAGGGCUGGGUACCUCCAUGGACACUGACGAGAAGCCCUCCAAGGCUGAUGGCGAUGCCGAGAUGAAGGACGGAGACGCUUCCGCUACUCAACCGGCUACCAAGCGUCAGAGGAGGAAACCAGAACCCACUUCGGAGCGCCUGCAGAACUAUUCCCGUGUCACGCCGGCUCAGGUCAAGUACGUGGCCUUCCCUUCGGAUUCUCGGUACAACCCCAUCCGGGCAGUGCAAGGAUCUGCAAGCAGUAAGCCUGUCAACUUUCACAACACAUCGACUGUGGCGCCCAAGGGCAACCUCAGUUUACUAGGCAAUGCCACCCCCGCAAAGGGCGCCAGUGGUGUCGCGACUCCCCUCGGAGCCAACGACGCCUCGGCCAAUAAUGCAAAGUCGGCCGUAUCAGCUGCGACGACGACAGCUGCUGCCUCUCUCGGUCCGACAGCCGAGGAAGCCAGGGACAUCCUUUCGCGGACGUCUGGCGGUGGAGCUGGUAUCCUCUUGCUCUUCGACCGCAAACCCUCCGACACUUUCAAGGCCCUCAAGGUCAAUGCAAGUGGGGACGAGGGAGGAGACGGCGAACAGCAAGCGGGCACUGGCGCUGCUAGUGGAGCUGCUGCGAGAGGUGAUGAGCUGAGCGAGGCGGACCGCGCUGCCAUUGAGGCUGCACUGGCUGGGGACGACGAUGAGGACGAGUCGAUGGAUGACGAGAAGGACAUUCAGGGCGUGCAGGACGCUCAGAGGAGGAACAACGAGGGCGGUGCGGGCGGAGGCGCUGGUGGUGCGCCUGGAGGUGGAGGUGCUCCUACUGCUCGAUAG